AUGAUCAGGAUAGUCCCAGUCUUGUGUUUUGCGAUGCUGUUCCUUGAAGUGGCCCACUCAGCACAGGGUCGCUAUGCUCAGCAGCUCCUCAACGACCUGAUGGAGAACUACUCCAACGCCCUGCGGCCGGUAGAAGACACGGACAAGGCCCUCAACGUCACGCUGCAGAUAACCCUGUCCCAGAUCAAAGACAUGGAUGAGAGGAACCAGGUUCUAAUAGCGUACUUGUGGAUCAGGCAGACCUGGUAUGAUACCUAUCUCAAGUGGGACAAGGAGGACUAUGAUGGCCUGGAGGUCAUCCGCAUUCCCAGCAGCCUUGUGUGGCGGCCCGACCUGGUCCUCUAUAACAAGGCUGAUGAUGACUUCUCGGGGCCCAUGGACACCAACGUGGUGCUGAGAUACAAUGGGGAGAUCACCUGGGACGCCCCGGCCAUCACCAAGAGCUCCUGCGUGGUGGACGUGUCCUACUUCCCCUUCGACAGUCAGGAGUGCAACCUCACCUUUGGCUCAUGGACCUACAAUGGCAACCAGGUGGACAUCGCCAUGGGCAUGGACAGCGGCGACCUGUCCGACUUCGUGGAGAACGUGGAGUGGGAGUGCCACGGGAUGCCCGCCACCAAAAACGUCAUCAUGUACGGAUGCUGCUCCGACCCCUACCCCGACAUCACCUACACCGUGCUCCUCCAGAGACGCUCCUCCUUCUACAUCUUCAACCUGCUCCUCCCCUGCUUCCUCAUCUCCUUCCUGGCCCCGCUGGGCUUCUACCUGCCGGCUGACUCCGGGGAGAAGGUGUCGCUGGGCGUCACCGUGCUGCUGGCCCUCACUGUCUUCCAGCUGAUGGUGGCUGAGAGCAUGCCGCCCUCAGAGAGCGUGCCGCUCAUAGGGAAGUACUACAUUGCUACCAUGACGAUGAUCACAGCCUCCACCGCACUCACCAUCUUCAUCAUGAACAUCCACUUCUGCGGUCCCGAGGCCAAGCCUGUCCCUCAAUGGGCCAAGGUCCUCAUCAUCGACUACAUGUCCAAGAUCUUCUUUGUCUACGAAGUGGGAGAGAACUGUGUCUCCCCUCCCUCCCCCUCCUCCUCCUCCUCACACUUAGCCGGGGAUGAGUUCCAGCACCAGAACCUCAGCCCUCCCCACAGGGCCAACGGUAAACCGGGAGGCUGUAAUAACGGCCGAGAGGAGCAGUUUCCUACCAAACGGCCCCGACCCCAGACCCCCAAACCCCAGCAUCAUCCUAGGGCUAAGCCCCAGCAGCACCAUAUCACUCGGGAUGAGAAGAACCGCAUCUUCCACUCUCCACCGGUGACAUACGAGGGCUUCCAGCCCAACGGGAACCACUCUUCUCAGGGGGGCUGCUCCAAGGAGGCCCCUCUCUGUUGCCCUGAGGACCAAAAGCCGGCAGCCGUCACCGUUGCCACGGUCACUUUUGGCCCCUGUGUGUUCUGUAGCAACGGAUACAGCCUGCCCGGGGUAGACUCCAAGCUAGUGCGAAACGUGGACUACAUCGCCAACUGUUUCCGGGAACAACGGGCCACGUGUGCCAAGGCGGCAGAGUGGAAGAAGGUUGCCAAGGUGAUGGACAGGUUCUUCAUGUGGAUCUUCUUCAUCAUGGUCUUCCUAAUGAGCAUCCUCAUAAUCGGCAAGGCGCCAUGA